AUGAUGCAAUGCAAGUCGACCGCAGUCGGUGGUCUUCGAGCACUUGUGCUUGCCCUCGCCCUUGUGCUGAGCACUAACGCCUUGCCAAGCGUGGCCUAUGUCGGCGACGAGCUCGUCCAGCGCGUCGAAGCCUCUGUCGCAUGUCUGUCGAGCGUCCACGCCAACCUGCCCGACGCCAUGAUCGCCUUCGAGACCGACCGCUCGCGGCCAUUGUCGCUGCUGCUCUUGUCCCAGAAUGCCCACAACGAGCUUCUUUUGUCGCGCGAUAUUGUGGCACGUACGUACUUUAGCGAUCCAAGUCCGUCGGCGCCGAUGGCGACCGUGGACCUCGCGCACCUGUCGCACCACUCGACGAGCGAGAUCCAGCGGGAGAUCCACAGCACUCUCGUUCAUAUUGUCCGUGCGAGUCCCAUGCGCUCGAUGCUGGUCAUCGAGAACCUGCAGACGUUGCCGUCGACCAAGCUCACGGCGCUCGACAUCUUUUUGGACACGCUCCAAGGCAAGCGCGCGCCGUUCCAAGCGGCGAGCGGGGACACCAUCGACACAACUGGCACGGUCUUCCUCUUCCUCUUCACGACGCCAACGCCGAUCGGAGACGCGCCGUGGCGCGAGUACAUGGAAACCGCGUGGGCCUUUGAAGGUGUUGAAUUUACUACGUCGGCGCUCAUUGGCCGCAUUUCCGAGGGUCUCGAGGUCACGUCGGCUUUGCAUGCAGCCUUCGAAGAGAGCUGCGCGACCCUAUGGCACACAUCGACUGGCUCGCCACAGUACACCCCGCCUCGUAUCGCACCAAGGACGUAA